AUCCCAAUAUGGUGAGAACGCUACCAAAGUGACUGAAAGAACAAAUGAAGUAACUGGUCAAUAUGCUAAUGCCUGUGUUGAGGUCGCAAAUGAAUUGGGCGUGUGGUAUAUCAAUCUGUGGUCCAAAAUGCAAGAAAAAGCUAACUGGCAAACGAAAUUUUUGAGGGAUGGGUUGCAUCUGACAACAGAAGGAAAUACAGUACUUUACGAAGAAGUGAUAAAGGUGUUCAAUGAAGCGGGACUUUCUGUUGAUAACUUGCCAUUUGAUUUCCCUCACCACUCAAAAAUUGAUUCGGAACAUCCUGAGAGAGCUUUCCAGGAGGUUUGUGAUGUCCCAGUGUGAUACUCUGGUUUAGUUUUGCACUUUUGUACUCUGUUCUAUUUGGUGAUCUGAGAUUUUCUUCCAGAACUAUAUUUGAGUCCAUUGCUUUAAUGGAACCAUAAUAAAGAAUAUUUCUCCAAAUGAGGUUUUGGGAUUGAUGUAAUUGAUCUCAUAAUGGGAUAUAAUUGUUGUUGUGAUACUUUAAUAAAUCUAUCGUUGUAAUAAUACUCACGUUGAGAUGAGUAUGCAAACAUUUAUAAUUUGAUU